UCGCCAGCCAGCAGAAAAUCCGAUUGUGUCACUUUUUGGAGAAAAGAAGAAAGUUUCGGGCGCCGCUGUUUUCGGUAAAAAUCGUCGCGAAAAUGAAGUAGCGGCCGCGAAAAAGUGGUGCAAAAGAUCCGCGACGUUCGGCCGCAUCCGAGAAAGCUGAUAAGGAGAGAAAUAAUUCCCCCGCAACGAGCGCUGUAGAACCUACCAUCAUCAUCAUUUCAAGAGCAAAUUAAAGGAAAGCAGAAGGAAGGAAGGACGGCAAGAUGAUCGGCGGGUUGUUCGUGUACAACCACAAGGGCGAGGUGCUGAUCUCGCGCGUGUACCGCGACGACAUCGGCCGGAACGCGGUGGACGCGUUCCGGGUGAACGUGAUCCACGCCCGGCAGCAGGUCCGCUCGCCCGUCACCAACAUCGCCCGCACCAGCUUCUUCCACAUCAAGAGAGCAAACAUCUGGUUGGCCGCGGUCACCAAGCAAAAUGUGAACGCCGCGAUGGUGUUCGAGUUCCUGCUGAAGAUCAUCGACGUGAUGCAGUCCUACUUUGGCAAGAUCUCCGAGGAGAACAUCAAAAACAACUUCGUCCUGAUCUACGAGCUGCUCGAUGAAAUUCUGGACUUUGGCUAUCCGCAAAACUCGGAUACCGGCGUCCUGAAGACGUUCAUCACGCAGCAGGGCAUCAAGACGGCCACCAAGGAGGAGCAGGCCCAGAUCACGUCGCAGGUGACGGGCCAGAUCGGAUGGCGUCGCGAGGGCAUCAAAUACCGCCGGAACGAGCUGUUCCUGGACGUGCUGGAAUACGUGAACCUGCUGAUGAGUCCGCAGGGCCAGGUCCUUUCGGCGCACGUGGCCGGCAAGGUCGUCAUGAAGUCGUACCUGUCAGGAAUGCCCGAGUGCAAGUUCGGCAUCAACGACAAGAUCGUGAUGGAGGCCAAGGGCCGCAGCGGCAUCUCCGGCAACGCCGACAACGAAGCGUCCCGGUCGGGCAAACCGGUGGUGGUGAUCGACGACUGCCAGUUCCACCAGUGCGUCAAGCUGAGCAAGUUCGAGACGGAACACUCGAUCAGCUUCAUCCCGCCGGACGGUGAGUUCGAGCUGAUGCGCUACCGCACGACCAAGGACAUCUCGUUGCCGUUCCGGGUGAUACCGCUGGUGCGCGAGGUUGGCCGCACCAAGAUGGAGGUCAAGGUGGUGCUCAAGUCGAACUUUAAGCCGUCGCUGCUCGGCCAGAAGAUCGAGGUCAAGAUUCCGACGCCGCUCAACACGUCCGGCGUGCAGCUCAUCUGUCUGAAGGGCAAGGCCAAGUACAAGGCGUCGGAGAAUGCGAUCGUGUGGAAAAUUAAGCGCAUGGCUGGCAUGAAGGAAACGCAACUGUCGGCGGAAAUUGAACUGCUCGAGACGGACACCAAGAAGAAGUGGACGCGGCCACCGAUCUCGAUGAACUUUGAGGUGCCGUUCGCGCCGUCCGGGUUCAAGGUGCGCUACCUGAAGGUGUUCGAGCCUAAGCUCAACUACUCGGACCACGACGUGAUCAAAUGGGUGCGGUACAUCGGUCGCAGCGGGCUGUACGAGACUCGGUGUUAAGGAGACAAAAAAUAGUAAACACUCGGAAAUACUUCAUACACACACACAACACUCAUAGCAAAAGGAGAAGAUCAACUCUGUUCGAUGUAUUCGUGGUAGUUUCUCGUUUGUAAGGUAGAAAACAAGAAGGAGGAGCAACGACACUUGUGCGAGCGCAAUAAUCGAAAGACCGGAAGAUGACAAGUGAGGCCAACUUCUUUUGUUACAGAGAGAAACCGACACACACAUGCGCAUAUUGUUAAUGCGGGAAAAAUAAGAAAACAACACAAAGAUUUUCAUUCAAUGUAAAGGCAAAUAAUCGUGGAAAAGUUUAAGUAACAUAAUACAGACAAAACAAAGCAAAUAUUGGACAAAACAAAACUGCAAAAAGUUAUCAAGUAUCUUUUGGAACGAAAAAUAAAACAAAACUCCUUAUUCUCGUUAUUAUGAUUAUAUUACAAAAUAAAAAUAAAUCAUCUAAUAUAAAUAUAUAAAAAGAAAAAUCUAUAGACCAUCGCGAGCACGAGCGUUAAAUUUAGAAAGUUAGGCUAUUCUAGUGAAACUUGUUUGCGCGGUAAAUCAUUUUUAUUUGAAGAGAGAAAUAAAAAAUCUACCAAACUCGAACCAUGCUUGCUUUUCCGUGUUGCUGCGAACCUUUUGAAUCUCUGUCUCAGCUUGGCGAUUUCUUCGUUCUGUACAUAUUUGACUUGUUCACUCUUUUUUGCUCGUUAAAAGUUUUAUUUUAUUUCAUAGUCUCUUUGAUCCAUUCCAUUGUGGUAGCAUUCAGCGUUGCUUCCAGUUUUGAUUUCUUUUCUCAAGAAAAUAAUAAAAAAACGAGCAUUAUCGAAAUAAUGAAAACGAGUAUUCUUCAACCAUUUGCAUGACCAAGCCGAAUAAAAACUGUACAAAAUAACGAAACAUCUUACUGCAAAAAUUAAAUCCGCUGAGUAAAAAAGUGUUAAAUCGCUGUAACCCACAGGCCAUAAUAAAAGUAUCGUUAAAGAUGUCCUCACCACCACCACCACCUGAUCGUGUUUCCGUUACACACACUGAAAUAAAAGCACACGCAUCAUUCAAUCAAACACAGAAAUGAACACUUGACAAGCCGCAGUUCAUCCAUCACAAAACAGAAAUGAUUUAAAUGUUUUCCAAGGCAAGCAAAAUCGGCGAAAUCACAUUGUAAUAGUGCUUGUUGCGCGCAGCCAAUAAUAAAAUAAUAAACAAAAGUAAUAAAUUUAAUGUUUGAGCGCGGAGAGGAGAGUCAAAUCGAUGAUUUACUACUAGUAGACACAAAAUAAAAAGCAAACAAAAAUCGAUGAAAUUUACACAAACAAACACACACACGCAAACUAUAUGCUAAUCUACAGAAAAGAAGGAAAGAAAAUAAAAAUAAAUACGCUACCAUACAUAAAAGAAAUUAAAAAAAUACUAUGAAUGAAUUUAUGCUGAAGCUAUCUAUAAUAUAGAGACAGUAAAUGACAUAGUAAUAUUAAAAGAAGGUGGAAUAAACUCAUGAACAUAGUUGUUGAAAACAGGUGAA